GCUGUCAUAUUAAGAAUAUGAUUGAAAUAAAUAUAUUUUAAUGGAAACAAUUCGAUCAAUGCUUACGCUGGCCAAUUGAAAAAGCAACUAGCUACAUUUAGCUUGUUACGGAUUAAUUAUAUUGGAAUUGUAUUUAUAAAUAAACGUUGUAAAGGAUGACAAUGGGCGAUGAGACUCCAGUUACAUCACUGGUUCUUCCUGUCAUCUUAAGACCAAUAUUAAUGAAGUUAGAAAGACAAAAUGUAUUGGCUGCACAAACGUUACGUACAGCUCUUUGGAAAGCUGAAAAUUCUCAUCCAGGAAUUACACAUGAUUUAAUUCUUGGCAUAAUACGACGAGCAGAACUUAAUCUUGAUAUGAAUGAAAGUGUUCUCAGAUUGCAAGGAGCAGCUUCUGAUUAUGAUGUUGUUGAAUAUAGAUCAGCAAGAUCUGAGGAUGCUUUUCAAGAAUUAAAUCGCAAAUCAGCUUCAUUGAAAAGAAUACUUAGUAGAAUUCCUGAUGAAAUAACUGAUCGUAAAACAUUUCUUGAAACAAUCAAAGAAAUUGCAAGUGCAAUAAAAAAACUUUUAGAUGCAGUGAAUGAAGUUACUGCAUUCAUACGUGGUUCUGCUGGAAAGCAGGCUUUAGAUCAAAGGAAAAGGGAAUUUGUUAAAUAUAGUAAAAGGUUUAGCAAUACAUUAAAAGAGUAUUUUAAAGAAGGGCAAGCAAAUGCAGUAUUUGUGAGUGCACUAUAUUUAAUACAUCAAACAAAUAUGAUAAUGCUCACAGUAAAAAACAAAUGUGAGUAA